UUAGGAAAACAAAAGGAAAGAAUGAAAUACAAAAGAAAAAUAAUUCUAUUGUUACUGAUUUUACUGUCUUUAUGGGCCUUGCAUAGGAAGUAUUAUUUCAGCACAAAGAUACUGCAGAGGAUGCAUCAUUGCUGGAUGGUGAGAAAUGACAAAUUACAGCUCUCAGACUGGUUUCAUCCCAUUGUACGCUCCAAUUUGUCUGUUACGACAUGGGCAGCUCCAGUUGUGUGGCAUGGCACGUACGAUGAGACAGUCUUGGAAAACUAUUAUGAAAAUCAUAAUAUCACUGUGGGGUUGACUGUGUUUGCUGUGGGAAGCUAUCUUGAGUUCUACUUGCAACCAUUUUUGUUAUCUGCUGAUAAGUAUUUUAUGGUUGGCCAGAAAGUCAUCAUUUAUAUCAUGGUAGAUGACUUCUCUAAGGUAUCUUGGGUACCUCUGGGUCGCCUUCGGACAUUCAAAGUUUUUGAAAUUAAACGAGAGAGAAGAUGGCAGGAUAUCAGCAUGAUGCGGAUGAAAACAAUCAGUGAGCAUAUCGUCAGUCACAUCCAGUAUGAAGUUGACUUCCUCUUCUGCAUGGAUGUGGAUCAAGUCUUCAAGAACAAAUACGGGUUGGAGACUCUGGGAGAAUCGGUGGCUCAGUUACACACUUAUUGGUAUGAUGUAGCACCUGUGGCAGUGCCUUAUGAGAGAAAUAAUUUAUCAGAAGCAUAUAUACCGAAGGGUCAGGGGGACUUUUACUACCAUGCAGCUGUGUUUGGGGGCACUCCCAUUCAGGUCCUCAGUAUUGUCAAUGAGUGCUCCAAAGGAAUCAUGGAAGACAAGAAAAAUAACAUUGAAGCGCUGUGGCAUGAUGAAAGCCACUUAAACAAGUAUUUUUUUCUCCAUAAACCCACUAAAAUCUUAUCACCAGAAUACUGCUGGGAUUUACAACGGCCCAAGACUCUUCAUGUUAAACAUAUCAAAAUGACCUGGAGUAAGAAAUAUUACGAACUUCUUAGAGGAACUACAUAAUUUCAUAGUUCUUCCUUCAUGUUUCUGAAUUCAAAAGUAUCAUUUUAUCUUAUUCUUUAUAAACUUGUCUUAUUCUGUAGAAAAUGAGUACCUCCAAAAUCUUUGCACUUACAAAAUGACAAGCUCAUCCACACAGCAAACGGGCAUCUUUCCUCAUGUUCAUUUUGAUUUACACAGCACAGAAUACAGUAGUG